AUGACUUAUGAUAUCAAAGGUAAAACUGCCAUCGUUACCGGCAGUGCUCGAGGCAUUGGCAAAUGCAUCUGCAGUGAUUUACUCAAGAAAGGAGCUAAUGUUGUUGUUAGCGAUACAGCAGAAGAUGUUGGUAAUGAAACUACUGCAGAAUUUCAAAAAGAAUUCGGAGAAAGCAGAGUUGUUUUUAUCAGAUGCAAUGUAACCAAAGAAGAAGACUUGCAAAAUCUAUACAGCAAAGCUAUUGCAACUUUUGGCUACGUUGAUAUAGUCGUUAACAAUGCGGGUAUUUUGAAUGAGGAAAACUGGAAGUUGAUGAUGGAAAUCAAUGUGACUGGCUUAAUCCGAUCAUGCCAGUUGGCUCUAGAUAAUAUGUCGACGAAAAAUAAGGGUAAAGGUGGUGUGGUCGUUAAUUUGGCUUCAGUAGCAGGACUCAUGGCUGGAGAAGGCUCAAAAGUAUACCAUGCAUCAAAACAUGCUGUUUAUGGUUACACCCGAAGUCAAUAUCUAACACAAGGCACGGAUAAUGUGCGUUUCAACUGUGUUUGCCCAUUUUUGGUGGAUACUGCGUUAGCCCAAGAUUGGGAUAAUUCCAAUCGUACUUUCCUAACAAGUGAUCUGAUUGAAAAAUUAAAGGCACAUAUGUUGAAGACAGAGGACAUUGCUGAAGCUGUUAUAUUCCUCAUCGAAGAUGAAUCAAAUGCCGGCAAAGCAUAUUUAGUAACGCCAUUCCAAAAAUGGGAUUACUAUGAGCAACCAUCUGUCUUGCCUUUUUAAGUUAAAUAAUGGAUUACUCGAUCAUCUUGCGUGAACGGUAUCUAUUUCUAGCUUAAAUUUCUUAACUGCAACUUUCUUUUGGGUGAUUAAUUAGUAUUACACUGUCAGAGCGUAUUUGCUAUAUCAAUACUUUUAAAAUUACGUCAUUACCGAUAAUGUUAAGUUAGCCAGGACUUAAAAUUGAUUUGGUAUCGAUAGUAGUUAUAUUUAAUGAUCAGUACAAGGCCAUUGAUAAGGGUAUAUUAUGCUUAAUAGUCAUAAUUUAUUUCGGUUCAAUAUUACACAUUAAUCAGAUACUAGAGAAUUGCAAAAUAUUAUUCUAGCUUGAUCUACUAUUAUUUUGCAUUUUCACAAUAUGCACUUUAUCAUCAACGUUGUGUAUUGUUAGCAUUUGAUAAUUGAUGAUUCUGGCUAAAAUAAA